AUGCUCCGCAGUUCUGGGACUUCGUGCUUCGCCGCUGGGAGGAGGCGAAAAAGUUUCUUUGCGGGCCAGCUUGCGGACGCUGCUCGGGCUGCAACUCUGCCACAAUUUGGCGGUACUUUUCGGUUUCUGUCCUGCUGCUCCGGGGCAUGAGAGGGCUUUGGUGCUAAGAGUAAAAGAAGUUUACCUGGGAGCUCGAGAGAGGAGCACGCGGCUGGAAUCAGGGCGUUCACUCGUGGCUGGAAGUUUGUAACCGAGCCCGAGUUCGCGCCGGCUGCGGAGCGCCGUGCCGAGCUAGAGGCCGCGGGACCACGAUGUGCGCGCCGAAGCUCCGUGCGCCCGCGGCGGCGCUGGGACUGCUGCUGUGCGCGGCGCUGGGCCGCGGGGGCCCUGGCGAAGGCAGUCUUCUCGGCGGCCGCGGUGCACACGGGCAGCCCUCGGAGGUUGCCGCCGAGCGCCCGUGUCCAGCUCCCUGCCGCUGCCUCGGGGACCUGCUGGACUGCAGUCGCCAGCGGCUGGCUAGUCUUCCCGAGCCACUCCCGUCCUGGGUCACUCGGCUGGACCUAAGUCACAACAGAUUAUCAUCCAUCAAGGCAAGUUCCAUGAACCACCUUCAAAGCCUUCGAGAAGUGAAACUGAACAACAAUGAAUUGGAGACCAUUCCAAAUCUGGGACCAGUUUCAGCAAAUAUCACACUUCUUUCCUUAGCUGGAAAUAGGAUUGCAGAGAUAUUACCUGAACAUCUGAAACAAUUUCAGUCCCUUGAAACUUUGGAUCUAAGCAGCAACAAUAUUUCAGAACUUAAAACUGCAUUUCCACCCCUUCAACUCAAAUAUCUGUACAUCAACAGCAACAGAGUCACAUCCAUGGAACCUGGGUAUUUUGACAAUUUGGCCAACACACUCUUGGUGUUAAAGCUGAACAGGAACCGAAUCUCAACUAUCCCACCCAAGAUGUUUAAACUGCCCCAACUGCAACACCUUGAACUGAACCGAAACAAGAUUAAAAAUGUAGAUGGACUCUCAUUCCAAGGGCUUAGUGCUCUGAAGUCUCUGAAAAUGCAAAGGAACGGAGUAACAAAACUUAUGGAUGGAGCUUUUUGGGGCCUCAGCAACAUGGAAAUCUUGCAGCUGGACCACAACAACCUAACAGAGAUUACCAAAGGCUGGCUUUAUGGCUUGCUGAUGCUGCAGGAACUUCAUCUCAGCCAGAAUGCCAUCAACAGGAUCAGCCCCGAUGCCUGGGAGUUCUGCCAGAAACUCAGUGAGCUGGACCUAACUUUCAACCACUUAUCAAGGUUAGAUGAUUCAAGCUUCCUUGGCCUCAGCCUACUAAACACAUUGCACAUUGGGAACAACAAAGUCAGCUACAUCGCUGACUGUGCCUUCCGGGGGCUUUCCAGUUUAAAGACUUUGGACCUGAAGAACAAUGAGAUUUCAUGGACUAUUGAAGACAUGAAUGGUGCUUUCUCUGGGCUUGACAAACUGAGACGCCUAAUACUCCAGGGGAACCGGAUCCGGUCUAUUACCAAAAAAGCCUUCACUGGCCUGGAUGCAUUAGAACAUCUAGACCUGAGUGACAACGCGAUUAUGUCAUUACAAGGAAAUGCAUUUUCACAAAUGAAGAAACUUCAACAACUGCAUCUAAAUACAUCAAGUCUUUUGUGUGAUUGCCAACUAAAAUGGCUCCCACAGUGGGUGGCAGAGAACAACUUUCAGAGCUUUGUAAAUGCCAGUUGCGCCCAUCCUCAGCUGCUAAAAGGAAGAAGUAUUUUUGCUGUUAGCCCAGAUGGCUUUGUGUGUGAUGAUUUUCCCAAACCCCAGAUCACGGUUCAGCCAGAAACGCAGUCAGCAAUAAAAGGCUCCAAUCUGAGUUUUAUCUGCUCAGCUGCCAGCAGCAGUGAUUCCCCAAUGACUUUCGCCUGGAAAAAAGACAAUGAACUACUGCACGAUGCUGAGAUGGAAAAUUAUGCACACCUCCGGGCCCAGGGUGGUGAGGUGAUGGAAUACACCACCAUUCUUCGGCUGCGCAAUGUGGAAUUUGCUAGCGAAGGGAAAUACCAGUGUGUCAUCUCCAAUCACUUUGGUUCCUCCUACUCUGUCAAAGCCAAGCUUACAGUGAAUAUGCUUCCCUCAUUCACCAAAACCCCGAUGGACCUCACCAUCCGAGCCGGGGCCAUGGCACGCUUGGAGUGCGCAGCCGUGGGACACCCUACUCCUCAGAUAGCCUGGCAGAAGGACGGAGGUACUGACUUUCCUGCCGCAAGGGAGAGACGCAUGCACGUGAUGCCCGAGGACGACGUAUUCUUCAUCGUAGACGUGAAGAUAGAGGACAUUGGGGUGUACAGCUGCACAGCUCAGAACAGUGCAGGAAGCAUUUCUGCAAAUGCAACUCUGACGGUGCUGGAAACGCCAUCCUUCUUGCGGCCUCUGUUAGACCGAACGGUAACCAAGGGCGAGACGGCCGUGCUGCAGUGCAUUGCUGGCGGUAGCCCUCCACCCAGACUGAACUGGACCAAAGAUGACAGCCCUUUGUUGGUGACUGAAAGGCACUUUUUUGCAGCAGGCAAUCAGCUGCUGAUUAUCGUGGACUCUGAUGUCAGCGAUGCUGGAAAAUACACGUGUGAAAUGUCCAAUACCCUUGGCACUGAGAGGGGCAACGUGCGCCUUAGUGUGAUCCCCACUCCCACCUGCGACUCUCCUCAGAUGACCGCCCCGUCUUUGGACGAGGAUGGCUGGGCCACCGUGGGCGUGGUGAUCAUAGCUGUGGUUUGCUGUGUGGUGGGCACGUCGCUGGUGUGGGUGGUCAUCAUAUACCACACCCGGCGGAGGAACGAGGACUGCAGCAUUACCAACACAGAUGAGACCAACUUGCCAGCAGAUAUCCCUAGUUAUUUGUCAUCUCAGGGAACAUUAGCCGACAGACAGGAUGGGUACAUCUCUUCAGAAAGUGGAAGCCACCACCAGUUCGUCACUUCGUCAGGAGGUGGGUUUUUCCUACCACAACAUGACAGUUCUGGGACCUGCCACAUUGACAACAGCAGUGAAGCUGACGUGGAAGCUGCCACAGAUCCGUUCCUCUGUCCCUUUUUGGGAUCUUCAGGCCCUGUGUAUUUGAAGGGGAACGUGUAUGGCCCAGAUCCCUUUGAAGCCUAUCAUGCAGGUUGCAGUCCAGACCCAAGAACAGCUUUAAUGGACCACUAUGAGCCUGGUUACAUAAAGAAAAAGGAGUGCUACCCGUGUUCACAUUCCUCAGAAGAACCCUGUGAGCGGAGCUUCAGUAACCUAGGGUGGCCUUCUCACAUGAGGAAGGUCAUUCACUCCGGCUACUCUCAGAAUGAAGCGCCUGCAAUGAAAAACAUGUGUCUGAACAAGUCCUCUUUAGAUUUUAGUACGAAUCCAGAGCCAGCGUCAGUAACUUCAAGUAAUUCUUUCAUGGGUACGUUUGGAAAGCCUCUGAGGAGACCUCACCUAGAUGCCUUUUCAAGCUUUGGACAGCCAUUGGAUUUUCAGCCCAGAGCCUUUUGCUUGAAAGCUCCUUCUUCCCCUGACUUGGACUGUGAGUCAGAGGAAGAGAAAGAAAGGACAGAUUUUCAGGAAGAAAAUCACACUUGUACUUAUAAACAGACCUUAGAAAACUACAGGACUCCAAAUUUUCAGUCUUAUGACUUGGACACAUAGACUGAAUGGGACCAAAGAAAAGCUUUAACAUACUACCUCAAGUGGACUUUUAUUUAAAAGAGAAAGAAUCCUAUGUUUUUAAAUGGAGUUAUGAAUUUUAAAAGGACAGAAUGCCUUAUUUAUACAGAUGAACCAAAAUUACAAAAAGUUAUAAAAAUUUUAUACUGGGAGUAACUUUCAUAUAAAAAUACCUUUUAAAGUAUUUUAUAACUUUGUUUUAUGCAAAAAAAAAACCCUUAUGUAAAUUAAUGGUAUAAAUCCACAACUAUUUUAUGUAUUUUUAUAAUGCCAGAAUUCUUUUUAUUGAAAAUGAGUACUAAAGCCUUUUAAAUAA